AUUAGAAUAUACAUUAUGGAUAAAAACUGUCAAACAUCUGUAGAAUCAACCAGUACCAGUAGCAGUGCCACAGGAAGAGACCAUAAUAGUCUCAAUCUCAGCAAAAUAAGCCAUAAGAUCUCCAAGGCUACUUCCCAAUCCCAGCUGAGAAAGCCCUGUUUUGAUGCUCCUUUGAAUCAAAAUCAUCCAAGCUUCAACCAAAAUCCCCAAAAUCGACUUCAAUCGGAAACCCCUCCAGUUCAACCGCAGCAGCAACAGAAUCUACAGGCGCAGCCGCAACAGCACCAGCCCCCGGUGUAUAACAUUAACAAGAAUGAUUUCAGAGAUGUAGUUCAAAAGCUUACAGGCUCACCGGCGCACGAACGGUUCUCAAAUCCUCCGCCUAUUCAGCCUCCUAAACCCCAAAACUCUCGCCUGCAACGAAUCCGCCCCCCUCCUCUAAACACCAACAUGCCCCCUCCACAACGGUUACCAAACGGUUUCCACCCCCCAACCCCCCUGAAUUUCGGCCUCACCGGACUGCCCAUGGCGCCUCUAUCGCCGUUGCCUCCACUUCCAGCCGUCCAUGCGGCGGCUGAAUCCCCUGUCUCCGCCUACAUGCGAUACAUCCAAAAUUCAAUUACCACAGCCGAUGCAAAUCUACCGCCGCCGCAAGGAUUCUCACCACUCGGCCCUCUGGCAUCGUCCUGCUGGAACAAUUUCACCUCACAGCAGCAAGGUUCGAUGGCUCUCCCGCCAUCGUCUGCAAUGUUACAGGCACAUCAGCAGUUUCAGGUAGCGCCAUCAUCGCCACUGGGAUUCGGACGCUUGAACUCGCCAAGGUCGUCGUCGCACAAUGUGUUGUCUUCCCCAAAUCUGAUGAUGUUUCCAGCAUCGACAGGUCAAUUAGGGUUUCCACAGUUGCCGGUCUCGCCAACUGUGCCAGCCUCAAGCCCUAGAUGGAUCGGCGAUUAGUCCUCUUCGAGCGGUACGUUCAAGAAACGUUGUCGUUUUAUGUGUCAAAAGCCUCGGGAAAGAAAGAGGGGAAAAUGCUAUUCUAUUAUUUUAUUAUUCACCAUGGAAUUUAAAUUGGGUACGUGUAUUUUAAAAUUGAAAUGCAAUGCCCUUU